UAUAUGUACAGUUGAGAUAAUAAAAAUACAAUCUAACGAAUACCAUUCCAUCUACCAUCUGAAAAGUUAUAUAGAAGUUGAGUUUAAAUGGAUACCCGAGGGAAACGUCGAAAUGAGAAUGAUGAACAACCAAAGAAGUUAAAGACAAAGAGGCGGGAGUCGACAGAAGAUGUCAUGGGUUGUUCUUAUGAAAGGUCGAUAGAUCCUCGGGGGAAUAUCGAUUCUGAAAAUAAGGUCAGCGAUUCUGAAAAUAAUGAAGUCGUUCAUCCUAAAAAGGAGGAAGUCAACGAGAUGGUUGAUUUGGAAAAAAAAGAUUCGAUCGAAAAGAAGACAGUUGCGAAGAAAGGCCCACGUGAUGGGGAUUCGAUCGAAAAGAAGACAGUGGUCAAAAAAUACACACAUGAAGUGUCGAUAGAUCCUGACAAACUGGGCCAUUUUGAAAUUGAGGAAGUCAGUGAUUCUGAAAAUAAAGUCAACGAUUCCGAAAAUGGAGAUGACAGCGGUUCUAAAUAUGAGGUAGUCCGUGGCGCCAGCGAUUCCGAAAUAAAGGAAUCCAACAAUUCUGAAAAAAAGGAUUCGACCGAUUCUGAAAAUGAGAAAUUGUUUAAAUACACCGCUGAUGACUUGCUGUUUUUUGACUUUGGGACCACCAAUUUUAGUAAAGAAUCAGAUAUUAUACAAAUAGGCGCAGUUUGGGGUGAAGAGGAGUUUACAGUGUAUGUUCGUCCAAACAGAACGAAUUCGUUUCGGGCAUCCAAACUUAAUGGAAGAACCUGUGGGGUUGAAAGAAAAUGGAGAAGAGAGACAGAUUGUGUAGAUAUAAGCGAGGCUCUGAGACUAUUCAUUCAGUUUAUAUCUGCAAAGGGAAAUAGUCCCAUACUUGUUGGGCAUUAUAUUAAGAACUUCGAUUGUAAAGUUUUAUAUCAUGCUGUAUAUCGUAACAAAAUGAUGGAGGAAUUUUCCUCCGUUAUUAAGGGCUUUAUCGAUACCCACAUGGUAUUUAGAAAGGUUUACCCGGAACUUAAGAGUUACAGUCUCGACAAUUUACUUAAAGAUUUUUUUAAAAUAAAUAGACACAAACGGUCUGAUGCAUUAUCAAACGCAAAAAUGGCCAAAAAAUUAUUCCAACUGGUAAAAUCGGCACCCGAAACCCGAAAAUCUGAAUUUUCAUGGAAGUCGGUAGUCUGCUUCUGUUCGUUAAAACCUUUAAUUAAAGGUAAAAGUUUAAGCCGGUAUAUAGGGCGUAAAUUGGCAGCAAGUGGUUUGGGAUAUGGCGAUCUGUUACAAGCCUACAAUCAAUCACCGACUGAUCUAAAUGGUUUGAUAUUUAGCGAAAAAGUAAGUAAGCAUAAAAAAAACAAAGCAAUUAUUAAAAAGAUUUCAGACUUCUUUGAUAAACACUAACAAAUAUCAUCGAGCGAUCCGGCACCCCCCCCCCCCACACACACACACACACCCACACACACACACCACCACCACCACCACACACCUACACACACACAAACCAAAGCCCCCCAUCAUUUAUAUUAGUACAAAUAUUUUUUAAGACUCCACUUUGUCGAAUUAAUAAGGAAAUGUAACAGAGACCUGUCCUAAUGUGAGGGUUCGGGAGGGGGUAUAAAUUCUUAAUCCGGCCAUGAUAACGAGGAAAAUAAACCAUUUGGUACGACAUGUUUAUUUGUGUCUUUAUAACCAUAUAUCCACAUUUAUUGUAUGUGAAUAUUUAGAGGGAUAUUAAAUCCAUUCUGAACUUGUCACACAUAAAAAUAACUUAUUAUAAAUCAUUAUUUUCAAAAUGUAACGCAUCUUACAGGGCCACGGUAAAAUAGUGCUUUGCAUUUCAUUUCGUAGCGGUGUACUAAUAUCCCAUUGUCCAGGGAGGGGGCUUUCAAUGUUAUGGGAUAGAUUUAAAAUAAACAAAAAAUAAAGUUUGAAACUAAUGAUUAUAAACAUGAUAAUUUGGUUUUAUCUUUAACAUUGUGGUCAAGAAAAUAAAUCUAUUUUGGACCAUAAUAUUGUACAUACUAUUGAAUGCAGUUUAUCUAAUGUUUAAUUAUUUGCGCAUAAUAUUUCAUUAA